UUGGAAAAUGGGUAGAGACAGGGAAAUAUCUCGGUCACCGUCAUACAGGAGAAGGUACUCGCCGUCACCCUCUCCGGUGAGGUAUGGGCGCCGGAGCCGGAGAGAUAGAAGCCGAUCCCCUUAUUCUUAUAGCAGAUGACCUAGCAGAUGCUUAUGGAUUGUGUGACUUUGGUGUCCUAGUGCCAUGUUGCUGCCUAUGAGAGUUUUCGCUUUCCAUCAGCACCUUGAUAUUCUACAUGCUUAUGGUUGUUGAGUUGAUGAUCUGUCAUACCUUUCAUCAGUUUUCAUAUAACGCUGCUAAAUUGUAAAUUAUCAUGGCUGAUGCAUCUUGAUGCUGGGAGUUUCUUGUACGAAAACAUUAUCAUUUGAGAUAUAUCUUCUUUAAAACAUAGUGUGAAUGAGAUAGUCAACAUCAUUGGUGUUUGAGAAAGUUAGAAAAGAAACAGUGGCUUCCCUUUGACUGGGAAGUCAGCAGGUGAUGGGUGCCGAUGGGUGUCAUUUCACUGCUCGAUUGUGAUAUUAGCGGUUUCUUAUGAUAAAAGAUGGAGCACCCAGUUUAUUCUUUGCAAUAUAUGAGAAGACGAAGUCGUUCAUUAUCCUCUCGACGCCACAAAAGCCGCUCCCCCACUCCAAGGCGUCGUAAAAGUCGCUCUCCCACACCAAAGCGGACCAAAAGACAAAGAAAAAGGAGUACCUCAUCAUCCCCUUUAACUGCAUCUCCCAGUGUAAGCACUGGUACAAAAGAGACGAAAGAUGCAAGUGAAAAACUUAAAAAAGAGGCAGAGGAAAAGAAAAGGAAUCAGUUAGAGGUAUGCUUUAAAAGCAUAAGCAUGCACAUUAUAGUGCCUUUUUCAGAUUGGAGGCGUCAACAGGAGGCAGAAUUAAAAUUAAUUGAGGAAGAGACUGCUAAGAGAGUAGCAGAAGAAAUUCGGAAGAAAGUUGAAGAGAGCUUGAAUUCUGAAGAGAUCAGGCUUGAAAUAAAGAAGCGACUAGAUGAAGGUAGGAAAAAACUUGCUUCUGAGGUUGCAGUGCAACUUGAGAAAGAAAAGGAAGAAGCUCUUAUAGAAGCUCGGCGGAGAGAGGAACAAGCACAAAGAGAGAGAGAAGAGCUGGAAAGAAUGAUGGAAGAGAAUAGAAGGAAGUUGGAAGAAGCUCAAAGAAGAGAAGCUCUAGAACAGCAAAGACUGGAGGAGGAACGUUACAGAGAAUUGGAGGAGCUUCAAAGACAGAAAGAAGAGGCUCUGAGAAGGAAAAAGCAACAAGAGGAGGAAGAAAGAGCGAAACAAAUGAAGCUGUUGGGCAAGAAUAAAUCGCGGCCGAAGUUGUCAUUUGCCCUAAGUUUGAAAUGAGAAGUAAUCAAUAUAUCUCCUCUCUUUUCCUUUUCCUGUUUUUUGUUGUAUUGGUGUGCUUGUUUGUAGUAAUUGAAUCCGGACAGACUCAGAAAUCAAUAUCAUCAUCUAUUGUCACUCAUC